AUUAUUUCUCUGUCACAGGGUGUAGUUUAGUCUCACGGUGACUGAGUAAUCUGUCUGACAGAACAGAAGGUUUACCGGAAAAUAACCGUUUUAUUAAAAAUGAAGUCUUCGUUUCCGGGUUGGCAGCUAACACCAAACAAACUGCCAGAAAACUUCUCAGAAGUUAAAAGUUAAAUUCCCGCUCGCACGUUGAGCUGUAAGUGAUUGCAAAAAGUUAAAAGCGACUUUAAAUGAUGGUUGUUUAACAGUUUGUGUCCGUUGGCAGCAGCUGACCGCUGUUGCGCAGUUUUUAUUUCAGGGCGCGAACUGUGGAGGCGAACCUGUUCUGUGCGCGCGAACAGAGACGAAGUGGCGUCAGUUGAAGUAGAUAAAGAGUAAAAAAACGGAGAGAAAAGAAGUUUCUCAUGUGUGUGUCUCAUGAGUGUUAAUAUCAAGUCUACAAAUUAUGAUAAGUAUCAUUACUGAGUUUUUACUGUAAGUCUGUCAAACGUACAUUUAGAAAAAUAACCAUUUAACUAUUUAGAAAGAUAACCAUAUCAUGUUGUUUCCUUUUUAUUUUCCUAUUAUAUUUUCUUCACUCUCACAGAGAAAUAUAACACGUGACGUUUAUCUGAAGUCUGACCAGUUGUUGGGUUUAAACCACCAUCAGGCAAUUGCCAAAUGGAGUCAUUGCUCCACCUCUGAAUGUUACAGGUUUACCUCUCAGACUGGACAUGAUGUGGACAGAGGAGGACAGAGCAGAGUCUCCAGUAUCCAGCUGUCUGUCUAUGAAGAGUGACUGGUCCAAAGAUUUAAAUCCUCCAGUCUUCAGUAAUGGACCUGGACCCUGGAGUCAUUGGAGACAGUUUGAACCACACAGAGCAGAGUCUCCAGUAUCCAGCUGUCUGUCUAUGAAGAGUGACUGGUCCAAAGAUUUAAAUCCUCCAGUCUUCAGUAAUGGACCUGGACCCUCAAAGAGUCAUUGGAGACAGUUUCCACAACACAGAGCAGAGUCUUCAGUAUCCAGCUGUCUGUCUAUGAAGAGUGACUGGUCCAAAGAUUUAAAUCCUCCAGUCUUCAGUAAUGGACCUGGACCCUGGAGUCAUUGGAGACAGUUUCCACAAAACAGAGCAGAGUCUCCAGUAUCCAGCUGUCUGUCUAUGAAGAGUGACUGGUCCAAAGAUUUAAAUCCUCCAGUCUUCAGUAAUGGACCUGGACCCUGGAGUCAUUGGAGACAGUUUCCACAACACAGAGCAGAGUCUUCAGUAUCCAGCUGUCUGUCUAUGAAGAGUGACUGGUCCAAAGAUUUAAAUCCUCCAGUCUUCAGUAAUGGACCUGGACCCUGGAGUCAUUGGAGACAGUUUCCACAAAAGAGGAAGAGGAGUCAUGUUCCUGUGGAGCAGCAGCUGUCCUGCUGUGAUCUGUGUCAGGACGUCCUGAAGGAUCCAGUCUCUACCAGCUGUGGACACUGGUUCUGCAGACAGUGCAUCACCUCAUACUGGGACCAGUCUGGUCCAUCAGGAGACUCCUCCUGUCCCCAGUGUGGACAAAGACCCAGACCAGGACCUGGACUGCAGACAGCAGAUAGUGGUCUGCAGGAGGUUUUAGAUGAACAUAAGAUCAGUCUGAGGAGGAGAUGUGAACGUGUGACUGAAGGAACUGAUGGAACAGGAAGUAGAACCCUCCUCAACAGGAUCUACACUGAGCUCUACAUCACAGAGGGACAGAGUGAAGAGGUUAAUACCCAACAUGAGGUGAGGCAGCUGGAGAUCAAGAUGGAGACCCUCCAUGACACUCCAAUCAGGUGCCAGGACGUCUUUAAAGCCUUACCUGAGCAACAGAGACCCAUCAGAGUGGUUCUGACCAACGGCGUCGCUGGUGUUGGAAAAACCUUCUCAGUGCAGAAGUUCACUCUGGACUGGGCAGAGGGCUUGGAAAACCAAGAUGUCAGUCUGCUGGUUCUGCUUUCGUUCAGGGAAAUGAACCUGAUCAGAGAUGAGCAGUACAGUCUUCUCACGCUGCUCCAUGUUUUCCAUCCAACAUUACAGAAGGUCACAGCAGAGAAGCUGGCUGUCUGUAAAGUUCUGUUCAUCUUUGACGGCCUGGAUGAAAGCAGACUUUCACUGGAUUUCAACAACAGGAAGGUUGUGUCUGACGUCACGCAGAAGUCAUCAGUCAACGAGCUGCUGACAAACCUCAUCCAGGGGAAUCUGCUUCCCUCGGCUCUGGUCUGGAUAACUUCCAGACCUGCAGCGGCCAAUCAGAUCCCUCCUUCAUGUGUUGACAGGGUAACAGAAGUACGAGGCUUCACUGACCCACAGAAGGAGGAGUACUUCAGGAGGAGAUCCAGUGAUGAAGAGCUGUCCAACAGAACCAUCUCACACAUCAAGACCUCCAGGAGCCUCCACAUCAUGUGUGGAGUCCCAGUCUUCUGCUGGAUCACUGCUACAGUUCUGGAGCACAUGUUGACUGAACAGAGAGGAGAGCUGCCCAAGACCCUGACUGACCUGUACUCACACUUCCUGCUGGUUCAGACAAAGAGGAAGAAGAACAAGUACCAUGAGGGACAUGAGACGAGUCCACAGGAGCUGACGGAGGCUGACAGGGAAGUUCUUCUGAAGCUGGGGAGGCUGGCGUUUGAACAUCUGGAGAAAGGAAACAUCAUGUUCUACCAAGAAGACCUGGAGCAGUGUGGUCUUGAUGUGACAGAGGCCUUGGUGUACUCAGGAGUUUGUACAGAGAUCUUCAAAAGAGAGAGUGUGAUCUUCCAGAAAACAGUCUACUGCUUUGUUCAUCUGAGCGUUCAGGAGUUUCUGGCUGCAGUCUACAUGUUCCACUGUUUCACCAACAGGAAGACACAGGUACUGAAGAAGUUCCUGGGAAAUAAAUAUGUUGAUUCAACCCUGGAUGUCUUCCUGAAUGAAGCAGUCAAAAAAUCUCUGAGAAGUAAAAAUGGCCACCUGGACCUGUUUGUUCGCUUCCUUCAUGGCCUCUCUCUGGAGUCCAACCAGAGACUCUUAGGAGGUCUGCUGGGUCAGACAGAGAACAGUCCAGAAAUCAUCCAGAUAGCCAUCAACAACCUGAAGAAGAGGAAGACCAAAGCAUCUCCUAACAGAAGCAUCAACAUCUUCCACUGUCUGAUGGAGAUGAACGACCACUCAGUUCAUCAGGAGAUCCAAGAGUUCCUGAAGUCAGAGAACAGAUCAAAGAAGAGACUCUCUAUGAUCCAGUGCUCAGCUCUGGCCUACAUGCUGCAGAUGUCAGAGGAGGUUCUGGAUGAGUUUGACCCAAAGACGUACAACACAUCAGAGGAGGGACGACGGAGACUGAUCCCAGCUGUGAGGAACUGCAGGAAGGCUCGACUUGGUGGUUGUGGACUCUCAGAGACUGACUGUGAAGUCGUGGCCUCAGCUCUGAAGUCCAACCCCUCCCAUCUGAGAGAACUGGACCUGAGUGACAACAAAGACCUGAAGGAUUCAGGAGUGAAGCUGGUCUCUGCUGGACUGGAGAGUCCAAACUGCAGACUGGAGACUCUGAGGUUGGAGUCCUGCAGGUUGUCAGAGAUCAGCUGUUCUUCUCUGGUCUCAGCUCUGAAGUCCAACCCCUCCCAUCUGAGAGACCUGGACCUGAGUGACACUUGGAAGCUGCAGGAUUCAGGAGUGAAGGAUCUGUGUGGUUUUCUGCAGAGUCCAGACUGUAGACUGGAGACUCUGAGGUUGAAGUGCUGCUGUUUGUCAGAGAUCAGCUGUUCUUCUCUGGCCUCAGCUCUGAAGUCCAACCCCUCCCAUCUGAGAGAACUGGACCUGAGAGGAAACUACCUGCAGGAUUCAGAUGUGAAGGAUCUGACUGAUCUUUUGAAGAGUCCAGACCGUGGACUGGAGACUCUGAGGUUGGAGUCCUGCAGUUCGUCAAAGAUCAGCUGUUCUUCUCUGGUCUCAGCUCUGAAGUCCAACCCCUCCCAUCUGAGAGAACUGAACCUGAGUAACAACAACCUGCAGGAUUCAGGAGUGAAGGAUCUGUGUGGUUUACUGAGGAAUCCACACUGUAGACUGGAGACUCUGAGGUUGAGGGGCUGCGGUUUGUCAGAGAUCAGCUGUUCUUCUCUGGUCUCAGCUCUGAAGUCCAACCCCUCCCAUCUGAGAGAACUGGACCUGAGUCAAAACAAGCUGCAGGAUUCAGGAGUGAAGGAUCUGUGUGGUUUUCUGCAGAGUCCAGACUGUAGACUGGAGACUCUGAGGUUGAAGUGCUGCUGUUUGUCAGAGAUCAGCUGUUCUUCUCUGGUCUCAGCUCUGAAGUCCAACCCCUCCCAUCUGAGACAUCUGGACCUGAGUAACAACAAGCUGCAGGAUUCAGGAGUGAAGGAUCUGUGUGGUUUUCUGCAGAGCCCAGACUGUAGACUGGAGACUCUGAGGUUGGAGUCCUGCAGUUUGUCAGAGAUCAGCUGUUCUUCUCUGGUCUCAGCUCUGAAGUCCAACCCCUCCCAUCUGAGAGAACUGGACCUGAGUAACAACAAGCUGCAGGAUUCAGGAGUGAAGGAUCUGUGUGGUUUUCUGCAGAGUCCAGACUGUAGACUGGAGACUCUGAGGUUGAGUCUCUGCAGUUUGUCAGAGAUCAGCUGUUCUUCUCUGGUCUCAGCUCUGAAGUCCAACCCCUCCCAUCUGAGAGAACUGGACCUGAGUGACAACAAAGACCUGCAGGAUUCAGGAGUGAAGGAUCUGUGUGGUUUUCUGCAGAGUCCAGACUGUAGACUGGAGACUCUGAGGUUGAAGUCCUGUGGUUUGUCAGAGAUCAGCUGUUCUUCUCUGGUCUCAGCUCUGAAGUCCAACCCCUCCCAUCUGAGAGAACUGGACCUGAGUAAGAACAUUAACCUGCAGGAUCCACGAGUGAAGGAUCUGUGUGGUUUUCUGCAGAGUCCAGACUGUAGACUGGAGACUCUGAGGUUGGAGUCCUGCAGGUUGUCAGAGAUCAGCUGUUCUUCUCUGGUCUCAGCUCUGAAGUCCAACCCCUCCCAUCUGAGAGAACUGGACCUGAGGGGAAACAGCCUGCAGGAUUCAGGAGUGAAGGAGCUGUGUGGUUUUCUGCAGAGUCCACACUGUAGACUGGAGACUCUGAGGUUGGAGAACUGCAGUUUGUCAGAGAUCAGCUGUUCUUCUCUGGUCUCAGCUCUGAAGUCCAACCCCUCCCAUCUGAGAGACCUGGACCUGAGUAAGAACAAGAGGCUGCAGGAUUCAGGAGUGAAGGAUCUGUGUGGUUUACUGAGGAGUCCAGACUGUAGACUGGAGACUCUGAGGUUGGAGUCCUGCAGUUUGUCAGAGAUCAGCUGUUCUUCUCUGGGCUCAGCUCUGAAGUCCAACCCCUCCCAUCUGAGAGAACUGGAUCUGAGUAACAACAAGCUGCAGGAUUCAGGAGUGAAGGAUCUGUGUGGUUUUCUGCAGAGUCCAGACUGUAGACUGGAGACUCUGAGGUUGAGUCUCUGCGGUUUGUCAGAGAUCAGCUGUUCUUCUCUGGUCUCAGCUCUGAAGUCCAACCCCUCCCAUCUGAGAGAACUGGACCUGAGUAACAACAACCUGUAUGAUUCAGGAGUGAAGGAUCUGUGUGGUUUACUGAGGAGUCCACACUGUAGACUGGAGACUCUGAGGUUGAGUCUCUGCAGUUUGUCAGAGAUCAGCUGUUCUUCUCUGGGCUCAGCUCUGAAGUCCAACCCCUCCCAUCUGAGAGACCUGGACCUGAGUCUCAACAACCUGCAGGAUUCAGAUGUGAAGGAUCUGACUGAUCUUUUGAAGAGUCCAGACUGUCGACUGGAGACUCUGAGGUUGGAGUCCUGCAGUUUGUCAGAGAUCAGCUGUUCUUCUCUGGUCUCAGCUCUGAAGUCCAACCCCUCCCAUCUGAGAGACCUGGACCUGAGUAACAAAGACCUGCAGGAUUCAGCAGUGAAGGAGCUGUGUGGUUUACUGAGGAAUCCACACUGUAGACUGGAGACUCUGAGGUUGGAGUCCUGCUGUUUGUCAGAGAUCAGCUGUUCUUCUCUGGUCUCAGCUCUGAAGUCCAACCCCUCCCAUCUGAGAGAACUGGACCUGAGUGACAACUGGAAGCUGCAGGAUUCAGGAGUGAAGGAUCUGUGUGGUUUUCUGCAGAGUCCAGACUGUAGACUGGAGACUCUGAGGUUGGAGUCCUGCAGGUUGUCAGAGAUCAGCUGUUCUUCUCUGGUCUCAGCUCUGAAGUCCAACCCCUCCCAUCUGAGAGAACUGGACCUGAGUAACAACAAGCUGCAGGAUUCAGGAGUGAAGGAUCUGUGUGGUUUUCUGCAGAGUCCAGACUGUAGACUGGAGACUCUGAGGUUGAAGAACUGCAGUUUGUCAGAGAUCAGCUGUUCUUCUCUGGUCUCAGCUCUGAAGUCCAACCCCUCCCAUCUGAGAGACCUGGACCUGAGUAAGAACAACAAGCUGCAGGAUUCAGCAGUGAAGGAUCUGUGUGGUUUUCUGCAGAGUCCAGACUGUAGACUGGAGACUCUGAGGUUGGAGUCCUGCAGUUUGUCAGAGAUCAGCUGUUCUUCUCUGGUCUCAGCUCUGAAGUCCAACCCCUCCCAUCUGAGAGAACUGGACCUGAGUCACAACUACCUGUAUGAUCCAGCAGUGAAGGAUCUGUGUAGUUUUCUGCAGAGUCCAGACUGUAGACUGGAGACUCUGAGGUUGAAGAACUGCAGUUUGUCAGAGAUCAGCUGUUCUUCUCUGGGCUCAGCUCUGAAGUCCAACCCCUCCCAUCUGAGAGAACUGGACCUGAGAGACAACUACAACCUGUAUGAUUCAGGAGUGAAGGAUCUGUGUGGUUUUCUGCAGAGUCCAGACUGUAGACUGGAGACUCUGAGGUUGAAGAACUGCAGUUUGUCAGAGAUCAGCUGUUCUUCUCUGGGCUCAGCUCUGAAGUCCAACCCCUCCCAUCUGAGAGACCUGGACCUGAGUAACAACUGGGAGCUGCAGGAUUCAGCAGUGAAGGAUCUGUGUGGUUUUCUGCAGAGUCCAGACUGUAGACUGGAGACUCUGAGGUUGAAGAACUGCAGUUUGUCAGAGAUCAGCUGUUCUUCUCUGGGCUCAGCUCUGAAGUCCAACCCCUCCCAUCUGAGAGAACUGGACCUGAGAGACAACUACAACCUGUAUGAUUCAGGAGUGAAGGAUCUGUGUGGUUUUCUGCAGAGUCCAGACUGUAGACUGGAGACUCUGAGGUUGAUGAGCUGCAGUUUGUCAGAGAUCAGCUGUUCUUCUCUGGUCUCAGCUCUGAAGUCCAACCCCUCCCAUCUGAGAGACCUGGACCUGAGUAACAAUGAAGACCUGAAUGAUUCAGCAGUGAAGCCUCUCUGUGAUCUUGUGGAGGACCCAGACUACAGACUGCAGACUGUGAGGAAGUGAGGAUGAGCUGAGUCCUGAUGAUCCAGAUGUUGAAGCAGCAGCAGCAGCUUGUGUGUAGAGAGGCUCUGACUGGACCAUGUUACUGGGAGGUAGAGUGGAGAGGAGAGCUUCAUCCAGCAGUGACUGACAGAGGAAUCAGAAGAAGCAGUCUGAACUGAUCUGAGAACAGCUCCACUGUCAGACACAGAGUCCAGUCCACCAUCAUCCCUGUGUGUUCCUCUGGAUCUGACAGAGCAGCAUCAGUGUGUCUGGAUGUUGAGUCACAGAAAUCAGCUGAUUCUCUGUUUGACUGAGCUUCACACAGAGACCAGAUCCCCCUGAAAGGACUUGAACUCAGUUGAACUCAGACUGUUGUAGUUCAUCAAGUGUCAGGAUUUAAUGAAUCAUUGAUUAACUGCACGUUAAAUCACUUUAUGAGAAAUAAUGUGCCUUCACUCUGACUGCUCUUCAGUUCUGCUGUUUUAUAGCAGAAUAAUAAUUCAGUGUAAAUUCAGAUGGAGAUUUAUUUGUUAACUAAAAACGCUCAGUGAAGCUGUCAGUCAUGUUUCAGGUUGUUUCUGGUUGGAUGGAGCCGUAACAACCUCCACCAAUCAGAGGCUGAGUGCAGCCUGACAGGUAAAACCCAGGACUGGAUAAACCCACAGAGCUGUGGCUGCUGCUUGUAAAGGUUGUUGCUGCAGAUGUACGGUAGUAAAGAGAAAUGCAGGUGUAUCAGAGGACACUGCUAAAAGGUUUUGGUGAGGAAAUGACAGAGUCAUUUAAAUGCUCUGCAGCUCUGUUCCUCUGUCAUCAGCACUGAGCUGCUUUGUUCAUUGACAUUAGACGUCAGAUUUGAUUUGAUUUCAGAAACACUUUAAUCUUAACCUUCAGAAAGUGGAUCAUAUCAGCCCAGUUCUCAGGUCUUCACACUGACUUCCUGUCUGUCAGAACUCAUUUAAAUGUCCUGCUGUUGGUUUAUAAGACACUGAAGUUUAGGACCAACAUACUAAACCUGGACCAGCAGCAUUCAGUUUUUAUCUCUACAUGUGGAACAGACUCCCAGAGAACUGCAGGUCUGCUGAAACAUGAAAACCAGUGCUGAAGACCUCUGUUCACCACUGAGUUUAUUAUUGAUGAAAAUCACUUAUUUCCUGCUCUGCACUGUGACUUUUACUCUUCAGUUUUUAUUUUCUGAUCCACUCUUAUAUUUCUCAUUGCUUUAUAUUGUCUUUACAUUUUGUCUUGUUGACUGUUAUAUCUCAUUCAAAGCACUUUGAAUCAUCUUUUUGAAAUGUGUCAUAUAAAUAAACUUGUCUUGGUUGA